CUCACUAUGAUAUUACAGUCGAGUUAAGCAGUAUCUUAUAACAGUUGAAUAUUUUACCUGUAUGAUAUUAAAUAUGUUGAACAUCAAGAUUAUUCUUUUACUUAGUCUAGUAGCGUAUGCUUCGAGUACUGGCGGUGCUGGAUCGCCGGACGAUGGGCCAAAAAACCAGGAGCCAAAUCUCUCAAAAAAUAAGAAUUCUGAGUCUAAUGAUAAACCCAAAAGAAGUAUGUUUCGUUCAUUAUUAAGUAAUUGUUGCAACGUACGUGCAAAAAAAAACGAAGAUAGCCAAAAACAAACAGAUGAAGCACCUGUUUCAACUCCAACUGAAAAAAAAAGUAAAGCUGAGGUAGCUGAGAUAUAUUCAUACUUACAAAAUUUGUUCAAUGAUUGUUAUGAGUGGAUCGAACGUGCCAAUGUCGAAGAAGCUGAAGACAUUACAAAGGAAUAUUUUCUUAGAUAUAUAAGUGAACUAAAGGAAUUUGAACCUAUUUUUAAAGGUUUCUUCGAAGCUCAUCCAGAAAACGACAUUAAGUAUUACGAGUUUUUAAAUCUGAAACGAUAUGGGGAACUUUUUGAACACAUUUGCAAGAUAAAAAAUGUACCCGUAGAAAAAAUGGUUGAAGAUAGGAUAACGUCGGCGAUAACAAGGCAAUUACUACCUAUCAACACACAGAUUGAAGAUUCUGAUUUAGCUCCAGCAGAACUGAAAACUGAAGAACAACUGAAAGAGGAGUCAGACGACCUUAAAGACUUAGAGCCCGGAAUAACAACAAAUGAAGUUCCUGUCUCAGCUCCACCUACACAGACAGCUAAAGAUAUACUGCAACAAAUGAAAGAUGAACUGAAAGAAACUAAAUCUCAGCUUAACGAAGAUAAGAAUAAUAUGAUACAAGUAAUAAGAGAUUGGAAGAUUAAGAAUGAAGUUCCUGAUUCAUCAUCACCUUAAUAGAAAACUGAACCCGAACUGGAAAUUUGCGCUGGGCCUCAGGUAAUAAAAAAGCGACAGUAAGGCCACUUCCAUCUUUCUACACACUUCUUCAAUAAAUUUUAAUAUGGAACCGGCGAUGACUAAGAAAACUUUUUAGCCGAUUAAUAUAAUAAUAAUAAUUACUAUGUUAAUAUGUUUUUAAUAAUGUUAAAAAUCUCUUAAAAUGUUUUUGAAAAAAUUUUUCAAAGUACAAUAUUUCUAAAUGUUUUGUAUGACUCCAAAACCAAUUUUGCUUUUCAAAUAAACACCGCUUUCUUACAUUUUGUGCAACUUUUCAAUAUGCAAACACUAUUAAGUACAACACGUACUUAAAGCAGUUUAGUUAUCUAAAUGAACGUUACCUGCUUCUAUCUACUGGGUACUCAAUAAUUGUUAUAAUAUAUUGUGAUGUAUUUAUCCUCGUUAGAUAAGUGUAAACUAACAAUCAUGGUUUAUUGG